GUGGAGACUACAUAUGUUACCAGUGCGUGUUGCUCUCUAACUUCGUCUUUCUGUUACUGUCUGUAUCCCUCUCCUUAACUCCUCUUUCCACCUCCCCAGGUUGUCUGGUGCAGGUGGAGAGGAGGGGUCUAGAGUCUCACCUGUUAGAGUGUGAGUUCCGCAGCAGGGCGUGUCCUAGCGGCUGUGGCCACACGCCCCUCUCUGUAGACCAAUCACAGCACAACUCUGUUGCGGAGCUACGAACAGAAUUGGAGCUGCUCAGGGCAGAGAUGUUGGGUAAGGUGGAGGAGGUGAGGCGUGAGAUGGAGUCGAGGCUGGACUCUCAGAGGAGACACAUGGUGCAGAAAGAGUCUCUGCUGAAGAGCGAGGUGGAGGACCUCAAGGGCCAGGUGUCGAGGGUGGUGUGUGAUGUGCGGGCUCUCUUGGGGGAAGAGCGCCUGCGGAGACAGGAGUUGGCAGAAGCGGAUCUAGAGAAGAGGGAGCUACUGGAGAUUCUCCGGAGCCUGCAGCCAUGCAGGGGCCAGCGGAACAGAGACGAGCCAAUCAGAGGACUGCAUCAAGAAGACGGGACAAUUAGGAGCCAGCAUCAAGUGGAAUACCCAACCAGGGCCCUGCUGAGGGCGGGGCCAACACAGGCUUCUACCCAAUCACUACCCUCGGCUUUGCCUACUCCAGCCUUAUACCCGCCUACCUCCCCACAGCCAGGGGAGGGGUCACGCAAGGCCCGCCCCCGCAGCCUUACCCUCGACUGCAUCAAGAGCAGAGAGGUCACCGUCAUCUGAGAGGCCAUUCCUAAUGUUACCGGGUUAUGUUCAGUACCGGGUUAUGUUCAGUACCGGGUUAUAUGUUCAGUACCGGGUUAUGUUCAGUACUGGGUUAUGUUCAGUAGGCACAAAUGAGAGAAAAUGCUUUAACUUCCUCAAUUCCUUCUUCAUUUAACCGUCACACAUUUUUUAAAUCUGGUGUUGCAUCCCCUGAACGCACCCUUGAUGAUUGGCAGAUACCUGUGACAUUGCUUCAACUCAGAGAAAACCAGCCUGCUGAGAUCCUAAAUAAAGUCUGCUGAAACAC